GGUUAGUUGAAGAAAGUGAAGAAAUCCCUUUUAAGAUGGUUGUUGAAACUUGGCUUAAAAUGCUAAAAUGUUCAAAGAAAACAGCAUUAAUUCAUGAUGGAAAAAGAAAGGUACACUACCUCUUUACAGAUGGUAACGAAAUGGCAGAGGAGUAUGACUUAAAUACUGAUGAGCUCCUUGAACGAAAAUGGAGACAUAAAAGCACUUUAGGAGCUCAUGGACAGUGGCGGGUAGAGGUUGGAGAACCUUUUACUGUUGGCUCUUUGGAUGCAGGGAUAAAAGAAAACAGUUCAAAUCCAUUUUUUAUGCGUAAAGACACCAAGACCAGUUUUCAGUGGAGAAUUCGCAACCUUCCUUACCCCAAAGAUGUGUUCAGUGUUUCUGUGGAGCCAUCUGAAAGAUGUGUAAUUGUGAAAACUUCAAACAAAAAGUAUUAUAAGAAGUUUAGCAUUGCUGAUCUUGACCGCAACCAACUCCCACUGCACAAUGAUGCCCUCAGUUUUACUCAUGUGAACAAUACUCUAAUAAUCAGUUAUAAGAAACCCAAAGAGAUCUUAACCCUUGAGCUGGAGCUACUGAAAGAGCUGAAGAAACUGAAUGGAACAAGUGAAGGCGAUGUUGACUGUAAAACUCAGUGAGCAGUUGAAUGCUUAAAUAUGUU